AUGGCCCACGAGUCGAAAGAGGUCGUAGCCUCUGCCAAUUCCCUUGAAUCACCUAUCAGUGAUCAUGACAGAACUCAGCUAGAGCGCCUGGGGAAGAAACCGGUCCUGAAGCGAAAAUUCGGUAUCUUCGCAACUCUCGGAUUGAGUUGUACUGUUCUUGGAACAUGGGAAGGACUACUUGGUGGAGGCUCGGCGGGCGCAGUUUAUGUCUAUAUAUUUGCUUGGACAGGCACAGCAUGCUGUUUUGUUGCUCUUUCGGAGUUAGCCUCGAUGGCACCAACAUCUGGAGGUCAAUAUCACUGGUGUGCCAUGCUCGCUCCGAUAAGUUGCAUGAAGUUCCUGAGUUACAUAACUGGUUGGGUUGCGGUGGUUGGAUGGCAGGCUUCAUUUGCCGCAGCUGCGUAUCUGUCUGGUACAAUGAUCCAAGGAGUCGCUAUUCUCGCCCACAAGCACUACAAAGCCGAAGCUUGGCAGGGUACUCUAAUAAUGUGGGCGUGUCUUCUAGUUGCACUUGCUGUGAACUUAUCGGGCGGAAAAAUCUUCCCUCGAUUGGAAAAAGGCAUCCUUGUCCUACACGUCCUGGGUUGCGUGUCAAUUAUCAUACCACUGGUGUGUUUGGCUGAUCAUAAAACCAACCAGCAAGUCUUCACUGAGUUCCUGAACGGUGGCGAGUUCCCCACUCAGGGGCUGUCCUGGUUUGUGGGAAUCUCGGGCUGUGUGUUUUCUUUUGCAGGAGGUGAUGCCGUAGUCCAUAUGGCCGAAGAAAUCCACAAUGCAGCAAUUGUUGUCCCGCGUGCCAUCAUGUUCAGUGUGCUCAUCAAUGGCAUUCUCGGAUUCGGCAUGUUGAUCGCCGUGUUAUUCUGCAGUGGAGACAUCCAAGAUGCUCUGGAUGGUCCGACCGGGUAUCCAUAUAUCGAAAUAUUCUACCAGGCAACGGGGUCAACUGCGGGGAGUGUGGUUAUGAGUACUAUUAUACUGGUCAUAGGUAUAUGUGGUGUUAUUGGUAUACUGGCUGCAGCAUCACGACAAAUUUGGUCCUUUUCCAGAGACCGAGCAGUGCCAGGCUGGCGACUAUGGGCCCAAGUAUCCGUGUCCACACAGCUCCCGGUAUACUCAAUCCUCCUGACACUUACCAUCUGCUGGCUACUGGGACUCAUCAAUAUUGGCUCCAAAGUGGCCCUCGAUGAUAUUCUUUCGAUGGCAGUGUCUGGUGUUUACCUGUCCUACCUUAUCGUCAUCUCUUUGCUGCUCUAUCGCCGUUGCAAGGGUGAUAUCCAUCGAUACAACGACAGUGAUGGUGCGAUUAAUGUUCCCGGGGCCAAGUUAGUUUGGGGGCCUUUCCAUAUUCCAGGCAUAUGGGGUGCUUUGAUCAAUACGUAUGCGGUCAUGUAUAUCCUCAUCGUUGUAUUUUUCAGCUUUUGGCCAUCGCAUAUGUCGCCUACCGUCACGACUAUGAACUGGUGCGUUGUUGGGACCAUUGGAACUGUUAUCUUGGCUGUGAUAUACUACGUGGUGCGCGCUAGAAGGUUUUAUUCUGGGCCUGUGUUAGAGACAAGAUCAUGA